AUGCCACUGCCGGAACUCCCCGCCUACAGGGUCCUCGGCAUCAUCUUCAUCCUCUGGUGGAUGCUGCCGGGCAGCGAGUACCAGAGCCAGUCGAUAGCGUUGUCGGAUCUCGUUGUCUCACGCCUUGAGCACUAUCGCGCAUCCCUCGAUGUGCUGAACACGACGCGCUGGGGGGAUUUUGCUCCCCUGGUGGAAGAGGGCGAUGGCGAUCACGCGAGCCCCAAAUAUGUCAACCUGACGGGGUUUCGAGAGAAAGACCACUUGUCGUGGCAGGACCUGGGCCGGUUUCGUGAAAGAGGUCUGCAGCUCAGCCGCCAUGCCAUGCCAGCGGUUGGCGGCGAGCAGCUCUGGGAUGUUGCACAGGGGGAGCCGGAGACAAUCCCGAGGACAUACGAAAGCUACAACCUCAGCGAAAGCGUGCCUUCUAUGCAUUGGAUCGGAGAUAAAACUGACUGGGCUCGUAACGUAACCGGCAGUACUGGCAGGAUCCAGCUCUCCACGGCCGAUGCUCCCCUCUCUGGAGGCUUGAUACGCAAUGUUAAGGCCGUGGUGACUUUUGAAGACACAGAGGGAUCAGGACUGAGCUGGGAAAUGGUUCUUUUCGGGAAAUUCGAUGGCGUCUUUGGGCUACCGCAUCUGACGCCUGGGCCCGACUAUUUCCAGUCCAGCCAGCGGUUUCUGAACGAAUCCCUCGAGCACACUAUAGCUACCAAGGAGAAGAACAUCUAUUCCGACCAGAGCAUACCAUGGAAAUCCAACUUUGAGAGCCCUCUCCACACCCGACAUCCCUCCCCACAUUGCGAAUAUGUCAUGUAUCUUCAAACCCAUCCUCCAAGCAGACAGAGCCUGGGCCUCGGGUCUGCCAUUCCCAAGGGAGAGAACAUGGCAGAGAUGUUGCAAGCCAUCGAGUCAGAGCUGGAAUCUCCACUCGGUGCGCCCAUCAAGCACAUCCCGAAGCUCCAAAUGUCGGCAGUGAUAUACUCACCUGACUGCGGCCUCUUCAUGGAGUCAAAGGGGCCUCCGGAUUACCCUCGGAGCGAGGCCGACCACCUCCUCGGCGUGAAAUUUGAGGUCCAGAUCAGCAGCAUCAACCAUUGGCUGCUCGCAUACGCGGUGAUGAUGUUUGGCCAGGUCAUCUUGCUCAAGGGCCAGAUGAAGGAGACGUAUACCCCGUCUACUCUUGGUCGUGCCAGCUUUUGGACAAUUAGUAUGAUGCUCAUCGCCGAUGGCAUGACUUUCAGCGCGGCGGCGUCGUGGGUUGCUACGGCUCAGUAUACCUUCUUACCGACCCUGACGCUCACGUUUGCGUCUUUUAUGUCUAUGACCAUAGGGGGCAGCCUACUGGCUAAGAUUCACGAGGUUCAAACACCACAGCCUCGAGCUCGUCGUGAAGGGCCCCAAGGCACAGCUAGUCCAAACAGCGAAUCGGCCAGCCCAAUCCUUCCCGGGCCGGUAACGGCAGGGCGUGGCCUCGGCAAUCCGGCCGCUGCCAACGUAGGUGCAGCUGCCAGCAUCGCGGAUGGCGCUUCAGCCGUGCCUGGCGCACUUCCAGCUGCUGCGAGGCCAAUUGUACCGCCUACGCAAACUGCGACGUUUCAAUCGCUUAUGGGCCGAUUUGUCCUCGUGGGUGCUCUUGUUAUGUUCAUCAGCGUCUCAUCCAUAGCAUGGUACAUGACGGCGCGCUCAUGGUUCCUCAACAUCUGCGCCUUUGUCUAUCUUUCCAUGUGGAUCCCCCAGAUAUAUCGCAAUAUCAUCCGCAAUUGCCGCCGCGCCCUCAAGUGGCAGUUUGUCAUCGGCCAGUCCCUCCUCCGGCUGCUUCCACUGGCAUACUUUUGGCUCAAGCCGGACAACUUCCUCCUCACAAGGACCGAACCACGUGCUUUUGCCCUGCUUGGUCUUUGGGUCUGGCUGCAGAUCUUUGUGCUUGCGACGCAAGAUGCCGUAGGGCCUCGAUUCGGCAUACCUAAGGGCUGGAUGCCUGAUGCGUGGGACUAUCACCCCGUCCUCAGAGAAGACAAUGUCGAGGCCGGGGGCCUACCUAUUGGUCUCGGUGCCGAGGACAGCCCGGGUCGUGAUCGCAGACGCAGCAGCGAGGAUAGAGAUAAAACUCGUCCUGGCGACGGCACCACGCGAGCUAUCGACUGCGCCAUCUGCCGCGAGGUGCUCGAGGUCCCCGUCGUCAAGGCCGGAGAAGAAGACAUGAGCGUGACGGGGGUGUUUUCCAGGAGGAUGUACAUGGUGACCCCUUGCCGCCACAUCUUCCACACCCCUUGUCUGGAGAGCUGGAUGAAGUUCCGGCUGCAAUGCCCGAUAUGCAGGGAGGAUCUGCCGCCCAUUUAG